UGGUGCUGGAAAAAACCUGGACAGCCCUCUCGAGCGCUAGAGCCAGUCACGAUCAGAGAAGCUAUCAACAACGGUUAGAGGUAUUAAUACCACAUCCGCACCACAGAAUACCGGUAAUAGUAUGGCAAUUUCAGCUGGUGCGCGAGCAACUGCCAAAUACAUGCAAUUAUCCCCUACCCUCAACAUCCCAAACGAGCCUUCACCAAGGCAGGAAAAAGGUUCUUAUCUUCCAUUGCUUUGCUCCUCUUCCUCCCAGAGCCAGGUAGAGUAGGGCGCAUAACCAGUGCAAUACUGUACGGCAUUGCUCAACACUUCUCACCGGAAAUUUUCCACCCGUUGGCGCCGCCGCAACAGGAAAGAAGUUACUCUCCGACGAAAGGAAUCUCUGCACUCCUCCAAGUCCAAGACAGGUUACCUUCUAGGCAUUCUUUCCAUAUCGAAGAUGGCACCCUCGACGAAGUUUCCGAUGCCUACCCUGCCGAUCCCGACUCCAGGGUCCCCUCGUGCUCGCUGGAGGGAUGAGGCAAUACCUGCGUCCUCAACUAGUAACUCUUAUGGAUUUUUGAAUUCCACCUAUUUUCCCCUAUCGUCCUCUAGCCCCCUCCAUUCCAAUUUCCUCUUUUUGCCCUCCUCUUAUUCUCGGUCCAUUGCGCUGGGCUCUAGUGUGCCGACAACGGAAAGGUCCACAGCAUCGGCAACAAUUUCGACGGAAGCGGCAGGAAUAGCUGUUGGAAAGGCCAUGGCCGCACCGGCGCCCACUGGAGGUAGUCGAUUUUUUCUGGGAGAUGGUAGCUGUGUCAACCCUGGCAACGGUAGCGUUCCAGGAAGUACCAUUAGUACGCCUGGAAUGUCGCAAUCCUCGUCGGCUCUUAACCUUGCCUCCCUCAAUUCUCCGAAUGCCCUAUCUUUGGCAUCUUCCAGCUUCUCUGAAUCUCUCUUCGGCGGAGAAGCCAACACUAGAAGGGGAAGUAUCUCGCAGGUUGGAGCUUCAAGCGGAAUUCCUACCACAGCUACGUCACCUGUGAACGUGAUCUCAAACCCUGGCACUGCGCGGACAUCCACGAACGAGGGCGUGGGCAUUCAUGUACAAUCCCGCAAUUCCUUCCCCUCUCUCCUUCAACAACAGCAACAGCCGCAACAACAAGCACAGACACCGCAGACACAUCCGGGCAGAUCUCGAUCGAGAUCCACAAUGAGUAGACAUGAAGGGGCCCAACCGGUAUUCAAUCAACAGCAUCAACAGAGGACGCUUUCCAGGUCUCCUAUCUCCCCUGGUACCCACACCAAACGGUCUUCGGUCUCCAGCAGCAUAACCAAUCUGACGGAUCCGGGUGGGGACAGGGACAAGGAGAAGAAACCUCGACGUUAUGGGAGAAUUGGAGUGUGUGCCCUUGAUUCCAAAGCGAGGAGCAAGCCUUGCCGAACCAUCUUGAACAGAUUAAUCGAGCAUGGGGAAUUCGAGACAAUUAUAUUCGGUGACAAGGUUAUUUUAGAUGAGUGUGAGUACAAUUUUCAUCCGAUCUUUUACACUUUGCUUGCUACGAGUACUUCACCGGGCGAAGAAAAGAAAAGAACCGGGGCGAAAACAUCCCACGUUUUGCUAUUGUUAUUUUUGAUUGGCCCAUACCAAAAUCUUCCAAGACAAGAUUGGGAUGGAUUAAUACAAAUCUUUAAAACAUCUUUGUGCCAGGUUUCCCCCAAUCUUUCCAACCCCCCCCCCCUUCCUCCUUCCCUUACCACACAAUCCUACCCCCACCAUACCGUAGCGCUUGGGGGUGACACACCUGCACAUUUGAUUGGGAUUCUCACGGCGUUCAAAACGCUAAUGUUUUUGUGACAUCUUUAGCCAUCGAAAACUGGCCUACUUGGUAUGUACCUGUUGUUGUUCCUUUUUCUUAUUUAUCCUCCUUCGGGUUAUUCUUUUGGACGCGUAAUUUUCAAUUAGCGUACCCGAUCCCCGGGCCCCACCGACGAAAGAGGUUCUUGAAAUAGAUAUUUUUCUCUUUAUCUCCGUUUUCUGUUUUUGGGAAAGCCAGUUUCCUGAUUUUUUUUAUAUGUAUCACUCCAUGGGGUUUCCGUGUUCGUUGUGGAUCUUAAAUACGGACAUCAUGUUCUGAACAUGUGUGCUUGUAUAUGCCUCUUUUUUUCAUUUUUUUUUUAUUCACUGGGUUUGGGAUUCCUCUUAAAGGCCCUUUGACUAACCUUUCACAGUGAUUUUCUGAUAUCAUUUUUUUCGACCGGGUUUCCGCUUGACAAAGCAACACAGUAUGUUGCCUUACGCCAACCAUAUUGUGUCAAUGACCUUCAGAUGCAAAAGAUCCUGUGGGAUCGCCGACUGGUUCUUCGGGUAUUAGACUCAAUCAAGGUUCCGACUCCCAAACGCCUCGAGGUCUCUCGAGAUGGAGGCCCAUAUCUCCCCAGCGAACUUGCCUACUAUUUAGAGAUGAAGACCAGUAUAAAGGUUCCACCACAAGGCGAGUGGAAAAUGCCUCAAAAAGUUGAGUUGAGUGAAGAUGGAGAAACGCUCACCGUCGAUGGGAAGUGUCUCAAAAAGCCAUAUGUUGAAAAGCCGGUUAAUGGGGAAGAUCACAAUAUCCACAUCUAUUUUGCCAAUGGCGGCGGCGGAAGGAGAUUGUUCCGAAAGGUGGGGAAUAAGAGUUCCGAGUUCGACCCUCAUCUCUCGCAGCCUAGGAUGAAAGGAUCCUUUAUUUAUGAACAGUUUAUGGAUGUCGAUAACUCGGAGGAUGUCAAAGCAUAUACUGUUGGCCCUGAGUUCUGUCAUGCCGAAACCAGGAAAAGUCCGGUUGUUGAUGGGCUUGUGCGAAGAAACACUCACGGGAAGGAGAUCAGGUUUGUCACCACGCUCUCACCCGUUGAAUCUGGUAUGGCGGCUAGGAUUUGUGAGGCAUUUGGGCAAACGGUCUGUGGGUUUGACCUGUUAAGGGUCCACGGAAAGAGUUAUGUUAUUGAUGUCAAUGGUUGGAGCUUUGUGAAGGAUAAUACGGAAUACUACGAUCGUUGCUCUAGUAUCCUUCGGUCCACCUUUAUUAAGGCCUGUCAGGAGAUGAAUAGAGAGAGCUACAGAGACCCAGGAGCUAUGGGGGUCUUGAUUGUUCCAGCCAAGGAACGGAGCCCGAGCAGAAGGCCAAGCUCUAAACGUAACUCCAGCAGCCAUCGCGCGGCAUUGCACAACCUGUUGUCUAGGUCACCUUCGUCUCCUAGGUUGACAAGCCAUCACCAACUAUCACCGACAGUAGCCACGGCCCCGAAUAUUAAUCCUACCCCCGGACAAUUACCUAUGCCGGCUGCUGCAGGCCAAAUUCCCCAGUCUCCAUUGGAACCAAUGUUUGGGGAGAACAGGGAGAAGCCUAAGCCGGCGGCGCCUCAACAUACCUGGAAGUUGAAAGGCAUGGUUGCGGUCCUGCGACACGCUGACCGCACCCCGAAGCAGAAAUUCAAGUUCACCUUCCAUUCCAAGCCCUUCGUGGAUCUACUUAAGGGCCAUACCGAGGAGGUUAUACUUGUCGAAGAGGGCUUACAGGAUGUCAUCGACGCUACUCGCCGAGCGAUUGAAGGACGCACUGAAGACAUGGAUAAGCUCGCAGUACUCAAAAAUGCAUUGGAAAAAAAGGUCGGGUUUGCGGGCACUAAGGUUCAGAUAAAGCCAAUGUUCCUCAGGACGGAGGUUGUGGAGGAAUCGGUUGAGAUUAAUAGUGAUGGUUCGACGGCUUCUCCGGGCAGCGGCUCCACUGAAGGGCGGGUCAACGUUAGCCGAGUCAACAGCGUGUCCUCGUUCUCUGGCGAUCCCACGAAAUCGAAGCAAGUGUUGGACAAGCUACAAUUAAUCAUCAAAUGGGGCGGCGAGCCCACCCACUCCGCAAGGUAUCAAAGCCAAGAUCUUGGUGAAUCAUACAGGAAGGAUCUUCUCCUGAUGAAUAAGGAUGCAUUGGAGGAUGUUUCUGUUUUCACGAGCUCGGAGAGAAGGGUUACUACAAGCGGUAAGUCUUUAGUUCCCCAAUAUAUAUAGGCUAAUACUGACGUUGCAUUUCCAUGUGUAGCUCAAAUCUGGACUGGCUCUUUCUUGGAUCACAAAAUUCCGGAUGACUUUGUGAAAGUGAGGAAAGAUCUGCUUGAUGAUUCGAACGCUGCGAAAGAUGAAAUGGAUAAGGUGAAAUCGCACUGUCCGAAUUCCAACCUAUAUCUAAUAUUCUCCGAUAGGUCAAGAAGAAAUUGAAAUCGUUGCUCCGUGAGGGCUCAAAACCUCCUCCGCAAUUUGCUUGGCCAAAAGAUAAUAUGCCGGAACCGUCCGUAGUGAUGCAGAAUGUUGUAUCGUUGAUGAGGUUUCAUAGAAAAGUGAUGCAUUACAACUACAGUAGGCUUUUUGGCACCAACGCAUCUUCAACGUCUUUGUCCUCCCUGGCCCCCUCUGGCACACCAUCUCUCGCUCAAUCCACUGCCAAUGUUCAAUCACGCUGGUGCUGUGGUGAGGAUCCUGGCCUUUUCAAAGAACGCUGGGAGAAGUUGUUCGUCGAAUUCUGCGAGUGGGAGAAGGUCGACCCUAGCAAAAUCUCUGAGCUUUACGACACAAUGAAAUACGACGCUCUGCAUAACCGCCAAUUUCUAGAGGCUAUUUUCAUGCCUUCUACCGCAAUGCUGGAGGCUGAUGAUAUUGGUACCGCCAUCCAUUACUCAAUGGAGGAUCUGAACCUGCCUACUUCUGGAGACACUAGAAAGUAUUCUUUGUCUCCUAGUUCUGAAGGAGAGAGGGAAAUCGUCCCACAACAACAAAGAGGGACUAGCAAAAGAGAACGCCUCGGCUUGCGAAGCCGAGGCUUGCGCGGCAGUGGGGCCAAGCAAUCCUUUGAAGGGGAGGCCAGUCGUAGCUACGCUGCAACUCAAUUGAAUUCCAAAUCUAAGAGUGAUGUUAGGCUGUCUAAGCUUCGUGAGCUUUAUCGACUUGCCAAAGUCUUGUUUGAGUGAGUGCCCUCGACUAUUCUUACGCGCGUUGUAUUUACUGAUUUUCUACCUUAGUUUCGUGUCUCCGCAGGAGUAUGGUAUUAACGAUGAAGAGAAACUAGAGAUUGGGCUCUUGACCAGCCUACCGCUCUUGAAACAGAUUGUGAAAGAUUUGGAGAAUGUCCAAGCAGCUGAAAAUGCGAAGUCUUUUAUCUACUUUACGAAGGGUAUGUUGAACUACUUGUGUCUCGUCUAUUGCAUUCUAAAUCAUGGAUUUCCAGAAUCACAUAUCUAUACUUUACUCAAUUGUAUCAUUGAGGGAGGUCUCCCGAUCAAGAUGGAACGCAACGCUAUUCCCGAGCUUGAUUAUUUGACCCAAAUCUGCUUUGAGCUUCUAGAAUCGGAAACCAAGGAUCAACCAGGAGACUCACCUGACGAACCGAAUACUAGUUCCUACAGUAUUCGGGUCAGCAUAUCCCCAGGGUGCCAUAGUAAGGAUCCUCUCGACAUGCAUCUCGACGCCAAGCACUGCAUCGGGUGCGCGCCGCGCAAGAGCUUAACUAGGCAUUUGGACUGGAAAUAUGUUGUCGAAACAUUGAGAGAGAAAUUCCAUCGUGUCAAGCUGCCUAGCAAGUUUAUCCCGAUCAACCUUGGGGAAGCAAGUCUGAAGAAGAGCACUGGAACGAGCGAGGGCAAGGAGGAGAAAGACACCGAAAAGGAUGGCCUUGGGGCUAUUGGCGCUGCGGGAAAACAGUCACCCCCUGAAAUGAUCAUGGAAGAGCAUCUUGAGGAGCUGGUUAUGAGAGACGAAACUGGAAACGUGAAUAACGAAUACUAGGGAUAGAAAGUGUGCAUCUUAUUCGUUUCUUUUCGCGUGUGUACGGGCUAUUGGGGAGGACAUUGGCCAUUAAUUGAGGUGGUUGAUGGUGUUUGUGGACAGCUAGGUCAGUGCUUUCAUAGACAGCGGAUUUUGUACUUAGUUUCAGUAUGGAAUAAACGAGAGGUGGUUUUUCGUACGGG